UAUAUGUAUCUAUAUAGUUUUAUCGGCGUUGGGAAUGCAUCAGUUUAUCGGUUAUUGAUACGAGAACGACGAGACUGUUUGGUAAAGCGGCUGUUCGAAAUUUCGUCUGUUUAUACUCGUUGCGUAAGCCGAUAAAGAGGAAAUUGAAAAUAAAACGAUUAGCGCUUUUGCAGGAUGAGUAACGCUAAUCGAACGGCUGUUACGUAUUAUCGAUCGAUCGGCCAAUCUGUACUAAUUAUAUCGAUGAAUUCAGACUCUAUUGUAGUGUACUAAUGGCACUAUUAAAACGCGAAAAUUGCUAAAACACACAAAGAACGAAGCGCCAGCUCCCAUAGUGAGAGAGAGAGAGAGAGAGAAAAAAAAAGAUCAGGAAAACCGUCUCGUAACUCACACUCACACGUGUGUGUACGUGAGUCAAUGCGCAGACUCAUCGGUCUCUCGCAAAGCGCGCGCACUUCUUACACACACACACGCGCGCACACACAGUCACUCGGCAGGAAUUUCACGUAUUAUACACGCCAUUCUCAUUCAAGACUCGCGCAGGUGUGCGAGCGCGAUAUAUACAUACACGCGCGCUCACUUAAUAUAUAGUCGACUCGACGUCGAAAAGCGAGAGGAGGUAAGACGAUAAGCGCUCGCGGAUUAGUCACUCGCUGCGAACGAUAGCCUCUCGCUUGGCGUAUUAGUCUGGGAGAUCUUGAUUUCACGCAUAAUGCGGAUCUCGGACGCGGGAGAUUUUUUUUUUUUUUUUCUUUUAGCGUCUGCGCCGAGUACGGGCAUUAGGAUGCAAUUAUAUAGCUGCGCAGAAAAACGAGUUGGACAGAGCGUAGAAUUGGAAUUUUGUUACAACGUUGAUUUCUUAUCGAGACAAACAGAGUCCGGACGCGGACUAUCGCUUAUUAUCUUCUGUGCACUGUACUCGCUUCAGGAGAAAAUCAACAUCAGGAACAACGUGGAAGACCCCGUGCUGGCGCGCAGUCCCUCGAUCGCUUCUCGCGAGACGAUCAACGACUUCCUAUACACGAGCGAACCUCCGGAGGAUUGCGAGCAGUUGUCCUCGAUUCCGGAGGAUUCGUAUCUGCGUCUUCCACAGUCCUGCAGCCGAGUGAUUCCUUCGCUAGGUCUGGACGUCAGGGCACCGGUGAGGUGCUGGCUCGAAGAAAUCCGCUACGACGAGGAGGACGAGAUGGACAUUCUGUUCAGCAAGCGUCUGCCUAGAAGAAAGCUCAAGGAUGAGGAGGCCGAGAGUCGGGAUCUGCGACUGUUAACCGCCUCGGCAGCGACGGCUGCCAAGAAGGUCAUCGACGCUGCCGACAGCUUCGAGAAGAGAUACCAGCGCGUGUUCGACUCAAUCGGCAACUCGUCGAGCAACAGAACGGAGCGAGACGCGCUGCAGAAGAUCGAGGCUGAGGCGAGCGAAAUACUUCUCAAAAUGGGCUCCACCAUGCCCCGGCGAACAGCUCAGCGAGAGAAUCCGAAAAACGUGGCGAUGCAAUUAGGCCGAUUAAAGAACAGCGUUGAUCGGGCCUUCGACAAGCGGCUUGACUUUUACAUCGAGAAAGUUGUCCUGGCUCUGGAGGAAGCGCCCAGCGAGGCCGGCAGUGCAGCUCGCGGUGCCCUGGCAGCCCUCACCGCUCUCGGUCUGGCUGGUCCUCGAGCCGGUGCCAGCGUAGCCCGCUGCUCCGGAAUCCGAGCUCUGCUCACCAGCCUCGUCUCCGCGGGUCGGCUCUCCUCGGAAUUACGCUCGGCUAGUCUGCGAGCUCUGGCCAGCGUCUGUUGCUGCAUCGAGGCGGUCGACCAGUUCGUGCGCGAGGGUGGCCCGGAGAUCCUCAGCGACAUCCUCGCCGCGGACUCGACUCCCGAAAGCGAAAAGUCCGAGGCUGCCGCUCUGGUUGUACAGAUAACCGCGCCCUGGAUGGACUACGUCGGGCUGCCCUACGUCGAGCCUUUCGCCCAUGACCUGAUCAGUGCGCUGACGAAUUUGGCCGAGAGGACCAGCUGCAAACAGACGCUGUUGCUGAGCACUGCGGCGAUAAACCACAUGGCCCACUCGAGGCGUUGCAUCGGGCCGAUCAUCAAGUGCAACUCCAUCAAGAGACUGCUGAGGUGCGUGAAGAAAACGAGCAGCGGCAACGUCUGGCUGAUGGAGCAGGUGGCCUCGUUAGUCGGCCAGGUCGCCCGUGUUCCUCAAGCUCGAGCACAUCUCGCCGAGACCCGAGCCUCUGUCGCCUUGGUCUGCUUCCUGCGGAUGCAGCCUCCUGGUCUCGAGGCCGAGUCCUAUCGUCGUUUGGAAGCCACAGCUACGGAAGCCCUCACUCGUCUCUGCGUCGAUCCGGAGAUAGCCAAGCAGGUCGUGGCGGUUGGUGGCUCGGACUGUCUUCCCAGCUCCGAGUGCAGUGGGCAGGCUUGCGUUGGAGAUGCUCGACGAGCUGAGGCUGCCAGUAACCAGAAGUUCCACAGUUCGAAAUCGCUGAGGGUCGCCAGGAAAAUCGCAGCCGAGCAGAUCGACAUGGCCAGGAUGUGGGACUCCAGUCCACGUUGAGAUAUCACGGCGAUGACACGCGAGAAUAGUUGAUGAUUAUUCUCGACUGUGUCCGAAGAUACGCUGAUGGUGCCAAUAUUAUAUAGCCAUAUGUUUCGUUCGGUUGUUGUUGGUGUUGUUGCUGUUGUUGUUGUUGUUGGAUAGAUGAAAUUGUGUGGAUGCAUUUGGACGAGAUAUUUGUAUAUGUAUGUGCACGAAUGAUGCGGCAACUGAUCGAGUGUUUGAAGAAUCUUCGAUGUGAACUGAAGAUAUUGUAAAAUUGAAUUAAUUUUACGAAAAUGUAUAUAUCGACCGUUUAUUGUUAUAAGUUUUAAAGAUUCUGUCUAGUCUAGAGUAGAAUAUUUUUUUAUACCAUACUGUAAAAAUUACGAGAUAAUUAAUAUAUAUGAAAUAAAUUCGAUUUUGACUAUAAUAAA